AGACAGAUAGAUACAGAAAUAGAAUAUGAAAAGCGAGAAAACUUCAUCUGAGAGACUCGAAUCCAAUCUCCACCUCUCUCUCUCCUCCAUCUCUCCCUCCCUUUCUCUCUCUACAAUUCACCAGACAGACAUCCUGCACCUCCUGCUCUGCUCACAUUCCCAUCCCCAUUCCCCACCACCACCAAAAACCCCCCAAACCAAUUCCACAUGAAAACCUAAAUCAUGUCGCCGGAAAAUCCGCCGCCGCCGCAACCUCCGCCGCCGAACACCGUCAGGAAGCUUAUCGUCGAAGUGAUUGAGGCGAGGGAGCUCCUCCCCAAAGACGGCCAGGGCAGCUCCAGCCCCUACGUCGUGGCGGAUUUCGACGGCCAGAAGCGGCGGACGUCCACCGUGCCGAGGAAUCUGAAUCCUGUCUGGAAUGAGCCUCUCGAAUUCGUCGUCUCCGAUCCGAAGACGAUGGAGUUCGAAGAGCUCAACGUCGAGGUCUACAACGAUAAGAAGAUGAGCAACGGUAACGCCAGGAAGAAUCACUUCCUCGGCAGAGUUAAGCUCUACGGAUCGCAGUUCGUCCGCCGUGGGGAAGAAGGUUUGGUUUAUUUCAAUUUGGAGAAGAAGAGCGUCUUCAGUUGGAUUCGAGGAGAUUUGGGGAUGAAAAUCUAUUACUACGAUGAAAUCCUCGAGGAACCGCCUCCGCCGCCGCAGGCGGCGGAGCAACCGCCGCAGGAAGGAGGAGGAGGAGGAGAGGAAGCUAUGAAGAAACCGGUUAUGGCGGUUAUGGAGGAACCUCCCCCUACAAUGCCUAUGCCUAUGCCGGAGAUGGUUAGAGGAGUCGUCCACGAGCCUCCUCCGGCUGAAAAUCCGCUGCCGAUGGAGAAUCCUCCGCCGCCGGAAUUCUCGCCGGAUUUGAGGAGGAUGCAGAGCGUGCCUGGACCGGCGAUUGUUGGAGAGAGAGUGAAGGUUAUGAGACGACCGGCGGCGAACGGAGACUACUCGCCGCGAGUUAUUCCCGGAAAAUUCGCCGGAGAUUUGCCGGAGAAGAUUCCGGCGUUCGAUUUGGUUGAGCCGAUGCAGUAUUUGUUCGUUAGAAUCGUUAAAGCUCGGGGACUUUCUCCGAGCGAGCAUCCACAUGUGAGAGUCCGUACUUCCGGCGACUCUGUUUUGACGAAGCCGGCGGUCAUUCCUCCGGCGACCGAUCCGGCGAAUCCGGAGUGGAAUCAGGUCUUUGCGUUAGGGUACAGUAAGGAAACCUCCGCUAAUUCGACUCUCGAAAUCUCCGUUUGGGACAGCUCGUCGGAGAGAUCGUCGGAGAGAUUCCUCGGCGGCGUCUGCUUCGACCUCUCCGACGUGCCGGUGCGCGACCCGCCGGACAGUCCUCUGGCUCCUCAAUGGUAUCAUUUGGAAGGCGGAGCCGCCGACCAGAACCGAAUCUCCGGCGACCUCCAGCUGUCAGUCUGGAUCGGCACGCAGGCCGACGACGCCUUCCCCGAAUCGUGGAGCGCCGACGCGCCGCAGCCGUUCGUGUCCUACACGCGCCCCAAGGUGUACCAAUCGCCUAAACUGUGGUACCUAAGAGUAACCGUCAUCGAAGCGCAGGACCUCCACAUAAUCCCCAAUCUGCCGCCGCUGACGGCGCCGGAGAUUCGCAUCAAAGCUCAGCUCGGCUUCCAGUCGGUCCGGACUCGGCGCGGCUCCAUGAGCCACCACACCUCCGCCUUCCACUGGAACGAAGACCUCAUUUUCGUCGCCGGCGAGCCGCUCGAAGACAGCUUGAUUCUCCUCGUCGAGGAUCGCACCGGAAAAGAUACCCUCCUCCUCGGCCACGUCCUCAUCCCCGUCGGCUCUGUUGAGCAACGAAUCGACGAGCGCCACGUGGCAGCCAAAUGGUACAAUCUGGAAGGCGGCGCCAGCGACGCCGGCGGUUCCUACACCGGCCGUCUCCAUUUACGCAUGUGCUUGGAAGGAGGCUAUCACGUGCUUGACGAGGCGGCGCAUCUGUGCAGCGAUUUCCGGCCAACGGCAAAGCAGCUAUGGAAGCCGGCCGUCGGCAUUCUCGAGCUCGGCAUUCUCGGCGCGCGCGGAUUGCUGCCGAUGAAAUCGAAGGGCAACGGGAAGGGCUCGACGGACGCGUACUGCGUCGCGAAGUACGGCAAGAAAUGGGUUCGGACGCGGACGGUGACCGACAGCUUCGACCCGAGAUGGAACGAGCAGUACACGUGGCAAGUCUACGAUCCCUGCACGGUCCUGACCGUCGGCGUCUUCGACAACUGGCGGAUGUUCGCCGACCCAGCGGCAGCGGACGACAAGCCGGACUGCCGGAUCGGCAAAGUCCGGAUCCGCGUCUCGACGCUUGAGAGCAACAAAGUGUACAUGAACUCGUACCCGCUGACGGUUCUCCUCCGGGGCGGCCUGAAAAAAAUGGGCGAGAUCGAGCUCGCUGUCAGGUUCGCCUGCCCGUCGCUGCUGCCCGACACCUGCGGUGUGUAUGGGCAGCCGUUGCUGCCGCGGAUGCACUACCUCCGCCCCCUUGGGGUGGCGCAGCAGGAGGCGCUGCGGGGGGCCGCCACGAAAAUGGUGGCGGCGUGGCUGGCGCGGUCGGAGCCGCCGCUCGGCCCCGAAGUCGUCCGGUACAUGCUCGACGCGGACUCGAAUAUUUGGAGUAUGCGCAAGAGCAAGGCGAAUUGGUUCCGUAUCGUCGCCGUGCUCGCCUGGGCUGUCGGAUUGGCGAAAUGGCUCGACCACAUCCGACGGUGGAGGAACCCCGUCACGACGGUAUUAGUUCAUGUGUUAUAUUUAGUCCUCGUAUGGUACCCCGAUUUGAUCGUGCCAACCGGGUUCUUAUACGUCGUUUUAAUCGGCGUAUGGUAUUAUCGGUUCCGACCAAAGAUUCCCGCGGGGAUGGACGUGAAGCUGUCGCAAGUCGACAGCGUCGACCCCGAUGAGUUGGACGAGGAAUUCGACACGUUCCCGAGCUCGCGCCCGCCGGACGUGAUCCGGGUUCGAUACGAUCGGCUGAGAAUAUUGGCGGCGCGGGUGCAGACGGUGUUGGGCGACUUUGCGACACAGGGGGAGCGGAUACAGGCGUUGGUGAGCUGGCGGGAUCCGAGGGCGACGAAAUUGUUCAUCGGGGUGUGUCUCAUUAUUACGAUCGUUUUGUACGUUGUGCCGCCGAAAAUGGUGGCGGUGGCGCUCGGAUUCUACUUUCUCCGGCACCCGAUGUUCCGGGAUCCGAUGCCGGCGACGGGGCUGAGCUUUUUCCGGCGGCUGCCGGGGCUGUCGGAUAGGCUGAUUUAAUAAUUAAGGUAAGAAUAUGGGUAGUGUACGUACGGACGUAGGUAGUAAGGAGAAUUGGGAAUGUGUGAAAAAGGAUGUUAGAAUAUUGGAAAUGUGGGGAUUGAUUGGAAGAAAUUGUGGCUUUUUGGGGGGGUUUUGACUAAAUUGGGGGAAAAUUUGUAGUGUAAUUUUGUUGUCUGGGAAAAGUAUAGACAGCAUAAAUUGAUUUUUUGGGGGAGCAUUGGAAUACGUGACAUGAAUUAUUAUAAUAAUAUUAUUA